CCUCGUCUCUUCUUGAAGUGUGAAAUGACUGUUUAAACAGGAAGUGUCUGUUUUAGAUGACACCGGACAGCAGUUAUUUUUAUUAAUGUGUCAGUAUGGGCUCCGGUGCACUGCCUCUCAUUCUCUUGCUGAUGUCCUUCAUCCACGCUGGACUCACUCAAGAGAGACCAAAAGCUGUAGUGAAGGUGACUCCAGAUGAGCGUGUGUUCAGCGGAGAGAGAGUCACUCUCACAUGUGACAUACAGGGAGCAGGACACAUUCAGUGGACAUACAGCUGGUUUAAAAAUGGAAACACUUUCUAUCCACACACAACAGCAGCAGCAGAGAUCAGUUUCACAGCUGAGUGGUCUUCCAGUGGUCAAUACAGCUGUAGAGGACACACAUACAACCCACAGAGAUCAUACACCAGUUCUGCUGUUACACUGACUGUAUCAGAUAAACUGAAGCCGACUCUGACUGUAAAACCCCAGAGUUCAGUGUUCACUGGAGACACAGUUACUCUGAGCUGUGAUGUGGGACAGUUAACUGGAUGGACAAUUCACUGGACAAAAGACUCAAACCCUGAAUCCACGACUGAUGCAACUAAAACAAUCAAGUCUGUGAGAGACUCUGAUGAAGGAGAAUACAGGUGCAGAGCACGACGAGGAAACUACUACAGCGAGUUCAGUAAUACAGUUAAGAUUACAGUAACAGUGAGACCCAAACCUGUAGUUGGUGUUGAUCCUGAUAGACGUGUGUUCAGAGGAGAGACGGUCACUCUCACAUGUGACAUACAGCAGACAGGAGUCUGGCAGUACAGCUGGUAUAAAGACUACAAACAAGAUUACAGCGCAGGACGAGACCAGAACUAUAAAAUCCCAUCUGUGGAUCCGUCUCAUAGUGGUGUGUACAGCUGUAGAGGAACUCAGACACAAGCAGCAACACACACACAGAUGAGUGACGGAGUUACACUGACAGUAUCAGAUUCCCCAAGAUCUACACUGACUGUGACUCCAGACAGUCCUGUAUUCACCGGAGAGACAGUCACUCUGACCUGUGUGAUUGAGUCUCACAGUAACUGGAGAUAUGAGUGGUAUAAAGACACAGACAGUGUAAUGUUACAGACGUCUGGUCGUUACACUGUAAACAGAGACACUCUCACUAUCAGAGGAGUAAAUACAUCUGAUCAGGGUCAGUACUGGUGUAGAGGACAGAGAGAUCAGAGACCAAACUCAUCACAGGACAGUAACCGAAUACAUCUGUCUGUUAAUGCUUCAUCUUCUCUUCCGGUCACUGCUGUGGUUGUGGGAUCAAGCAUUUUCUUGUUGAUCUUCAUCUCUCUGCUGCUGCUGUGGAGAUACAAGAAGAACAAAGAUCAGCAGCGUAACAUUAACCAGAGAUCAGUCCCAAAUCAAUCUGCAGAAUCUCAACCAGAAAACUCUCGUCUACAGUCUGAUUCUGAUCAGGUUUGUGACAUUGUGACUGAAGUUAAGAAGAGAGAUGAUGUGGAGCCAUCGGCAGAUGUCACAUAUUCAGAGGUUACUGUCAAGAAAAACAAGAAAAAGAUGGACAAAGAUGAUACCAGGCUAGGCUCAAAUGAUGUGACUUACUCAGAAGUCAGAAACAAAGAAAAUAAAUCCAAAAGUAAAGAUAUUAAUACUGCAGGACCCAGUGAUCUGGUUUAUGCUCAGAUUGAUUUAAAGGACAAAAUGAAGACCAAGGGCAAAGGGAAGAGCAGUGAGUCUGGAGACACUUUGUACUCUGAACUGAAGCACAACACAGACAGAGGUGCUGAUGCUGGUGAUGAAACUUGUGCUCAACCUUUGAGGAAGAAGAAUAAAACAUGUCUCUGAGUGCAGUGAAGACAACAGACGGCUAAAAGAGAUUCACAGCAGCAGACACAGUGACGCUUGCAUUGCUUCAGAAAUGAAUCUGAGUGAACUGCUUACACACGUGCUUGAUUCAGUUACUUUAGAAAUACAUAUACACUGAUAUCUCUACACAUAUUACAUAAGCUAAACAAAUGUCUCUCUAGCAUAUUCAUUAGUUAGAUCCCCAGAUAAUUAAGAUCCAGCCCCAGAUGCUAGAUCUCAUCAGAAAAUAUCAGUUUGUCUGGUAGCAGAACCACCCCAAAACUGUAUUAACAGUCUUCUAUCAGAGAAGAAGCUGACUGAGGAAAAACCCAGAGAAGAGCAGAAGCAGCAGACGAAGUGAAGAAGAAGAAAAAGAAGCAGAGUUUAUUGAAUAAUCUUAGCUGUGUAUGUUUUAAUUCUCAGACUUCAUCUGACCAGAACAAAAUCAACAAGUUCUGUUACACCAAACUGAUCCACAACAACAUCCCACAAACCUUGAGUUUCCUUUCUCUCGGAUCUCUGAUUCAUGAAGACAAACAGCCCUUAAAACCACACAGUCAUAAGAAUAAACACCACAAGAACAAUAUUAUAAAAACAAUAUAAUAUACAUGACUAAUCAAUUAAUAUAUCAGUGGAAUGGGUAUUUAAUGACUAGAAUGAUUAUUAUAAAUGAGUAGAUGAUUAAACUGAAUGAUUAAAUGAUAAAUCACUAUAAAUGAAUAUAAAAGAAAGAAAGUAAAACACAACACAAAUGUACGAUUGCUUUCUCGAAUCUAAACACACACAGUUUGAUGAUCCUCAGAUUCUUCACAGAUGAGCUCUUAUGUUCAACACAACUCUGGGAGAAACUGAUCUAAAGUUAUUAUUACAUUAUUAUAUAAUCUCUGUGCUGCCAAUAGAACCAACAGAAUAAUAAAGUGUUUGAUUAAAGCUGCAGUCAGUAACUUUUGAUGCUCUAGCGGUUAAUAAACUGGGAGGAGCCAGAGGAGCUUGAUUUUUUCACAGAUUAUCUGUCUCAUAUUCUACUGUCAGGACAUAAUGACAGGUUUAACAAAUAUGUAAAAAAUAUAUAUUUACAAAAGUUACCUACUGCAGCUUUAAUAAUACAGUAGCUGUAAAUACAGUGUGUUAUAAAAUUGUGCCUGUGUUUUUGUCUAGACAAUUAGACUUUUAUUGAUUUCAUGUACUUUCUCAUAUACUGCUUUUUACAUUUAUUCAUUUUUGAAGACAUUUCAUAAUGCUGUUUUUUUUUUUUUUUUUUUUUUUUUUUUUUUUUUUUGCAGUUAAUGAAGUGUGAGAUUUAGAUUUGAUAAAUAUACACAUGAAAACCAACUUUUCUGUUUUGUUUGUUGGGCUUUUUCACAUUUUUUUACUUUAAGAGUCAUUUUAAUCAUAGAUCAGUGUAACAGAACUAAACACAUCAGGCUUUUUGCUUUAAAUGUUGAGAAAAUUU